UUAGAGAAAGAGAGAGAGCACUAGGCAGAGAGUCAGAGAAAGAGAGAGAGCACUAGGCAGAGAAAGAGAGUCAGAGAAAGAGAGAGAGCACUAGGCAGAGAGAGAGAGUCAGAGAAAGAGAGAGAGCACUAGGCAGAGAGUCAGAGAAAGAGAGAGAGCACUAGGAAGAGUCAGAGAAAGAGAGAGAGCACUAGAAAGAGAGUCAGAGAAAGAGAGAGAGCACUAGGCAGAGAAAGAGAGUCAGAGAAAGAGAGAGAGCACUAGGCAGAGAGUCAGAGAAAGAGAGAGAGCACUAGGCAGAGAAAGAGAGUCAGAGAAAGAGAGAGAGCACUAGGCAGAGAGAGAGAGUCAGAGAAAGAGAGAGAGCACUAGGCAGAGAGUCAGAGAAAGAGAGAGAGCACUAGGAAGAGUCAGAGAAAGAGAGAGAGCACUAGAAAGAGAGUCAGAGAAAGAGAGAGAGCACUAGGCAGAGAAAGAGAGUCAGAGAAAGAGAGAGCACUAGGCAGAGAAAGAGAGAGAGCACUAGGCAGAGAGUCAGAGAAAGAGAGAGAGCACUAGGCAGAGAGUCAGAGAAAGAGAGAGAGCACUAGGCAGAGAGUCAGAGAAAGAGAGAGAGCACUAGAAAGAGUCAGAGAAAGAGAGAGAGCACUAGGCAGAGAGAGAGAGAAAGAGAGAAAGGUGGAGAGAGAGAGAGUUAGAGAAAGAGAGAGAGCACUAGGCAGAGAGAGAGAGUUAGAGAAAGAGAGAGAGCGAAAGUUAGAGAGAGAGAGAGGGGGGUGGAGAGAGAGUUAGAAAGAGAGAGAGCACUAGGCAGAGAGAGAGAGAGAGAAAGGUGGAGAGAGAGAGAGUUAGAGAAAGUUAGAGAGAGCACUAGGCAGAGAGAGAGAGUUAGAGAAAGAGAGAGAGCACUAGGCAGAGAGUCAGAGAAAGAGAGAGAGCACUAGGCAGAGAAAGAGAGUCAGAGAAAGAGAGAGAGCACUAGGCAGAGAGAGAGAGUCAGAGAAAGAGAGAGAGCACUAGGCAGAGAGUCAGAGAAAGAGAGAGAGCACUAGGAAGAGUCAGAGAAAGAGAGAGAGCACUAGAAAGAGAGUCAGAGAAAGAGAGAGAGCACUAGGCAGAGAAAGAGAGUCAGAGAAAGAGAGAGAGCACUAGGCAGAGAGUCAGAGAAAGAGAGAGAGCACUAGGCAGAGAAAGAGAGUCAGAGAAAGAGAGAGAGCACUAGGCAGAGAGAGAGAGUCAGAGAAAGAGAGAGAGCACUAGGCAGAGAGUCAGAGAAAGAGAGAGAGCACUAGGAAGAGUCAGAGAAAGAGAGAGAGCACUAGAAAGAGAGUCAGAGAAAGAGAGAGAGCACUAGGCAGAGAAAGAGAGUCAGAGAAAGAGAGAGCACUAGGCAGAGAAAGAGAGAGAGCACUAGGCAGAGAGUCAGAGAAAGAGAGAGAGCACUAGGCAGAGAGUCAGAGAAAGAGAGAGAGCACUAGGCAGAGAGUCAGAGAAAGAGAGAGAGCACUAGAAAGAGUCAGAGAAAGAGAGAGAGCACUAGAAAGAGUCAGAGAAAGAGAGAGCAGAGAGUCAGAGAAAGAGAGAGAGAGCACUAGGCAGAGUCAGAGAAAGAGAGAGAGCACUAGAAAGAGAGUAAGAGAAAGAGAGAGAGCACUAGGCAGAGAGAGAUAGUUUAUCAAAAUGUAUAUACCACAAGAAAAGGGCAACCAGUGAAGAACAAACACCACUGUAAAUACAACCCUUGUUUAUGUUUAUUUGUUUUCCCUUUUGUACUUGAACUCUUUGCACAUAAUAUGAAAUGUCUUUAUUCUUUUGGAACCUUGUGAGUGUAAUGUUCACUGUUUAUUUUUGAUUCUUUAUUUCACUUUUGUUUAUUAUCUAUUUCACUUGCUUUUGCAAUGUAAACACAUGUUUCCCAUUCCAAUAAAGCCCUUAAAUUGAAAUGAACUGAAUUGAGAGAGAGAGAGAGAGAGAGAGAGAGAGAGAGAGCACCAGACAGAGAGUGCUAUGCAGAGAGAUGGAGACAGAGAGAGAGCAAGAGAGAGAGGGAGAGAGAGAGAGAGCACCAGGCAGAGAGUGCUAUGCAGAGAGAUGGAGACAGAGAGAGAGCAAGAGAGAGAGGGAGCGAGAGAGAGAGAGAGCACCAGACAGAGAGUGCUAUGCAGAGAGAUGGAAACAGAGAGAGAGCAAGAGAGAGAGGGAGAGAGAGAGAGAGCACCAGACAGAGAGUGCUAUGCAGAGAGAUGGAGACAGAGAGAGAGCAAGAGAGAGAGGGAGAGAGAGAGAGAGCACCAGACAGAGAGUGCUAUGCAGAGAGAUGGAGAGAGAGAGAGAGAGAGAGAGAGAGAGAGAGAGGGAGCGAGAGAGAGAGAGAGAGAGCACCAGACAGAGAGUGCUAUGCAGAGAGAUGGAGACAGAGAGAGAGAGAGAGAGAGAGAGAGAGAGAGAGAGCACCAGACAGAGAGUGCUAUGCAGAGAGAUGGAGACAGAGAGAGAGCAAGAGGGAGAGGGAGCGAGAGAGAGAGAGCGCUGCAUGCUACUCACUGCCCGGCAGGAGCACCAGAGGAGAUGGAGCUAUAGUGCUGAGAACGAAAGAAAAGAAGGGCAGAGUGACGAAGAUAAAGAUAAUAUAAGAAAAGAAAGGGAAGAGGGGAAUCUGGGGCAGAUGCACAUUAGUGACAGACAUUAACAUCGGCAGGCUGGAGCAAGAGAACGUGAAAGAGGCUAGGAGAAUAACACAUCAUAAGAAGAGAAGAAGCGUGAGAGCUGAACGCUGUGAAGGAUGACAGAGCACCAGUCCUGAGAUCAACCCUCAUCCUUCCCCCUCUCCUCACCCCUCAUCUGACCCCAUCCCCCCAUCCUCCCUCUCUCUCUCUGUGGUUAGACAAGACAUGAUGACCGGUCCUGACCAGAUUCCACUCUCAUCGCAUCCUUGUGGAACCACUUCACCUCCUCUGGACUUCUUCUCAGCAUUCUGACUGGCACUCUUCUGACCACUUUCACAUAUUCUCUCCAGGAGAAGACAGGAAGGAAUACCGUAUUCUCUCCAGGAGAAGACAGGAAGGAAGACCGUAUUCUCUCCAGGAGAAGACAGGAAGGAAGACCGUAUUCUCUCCAAGAGAAGACAGGAAGGAAUACCGUAUUCUCUCCGGGAGAAGACAGAAAGGAAGACCGUAUUCUCUCCAGGAGAAGACAGGAAGGAAUACCGUAUUCUUUCCAAGAGAAGACAAGUAGGGGAAGUUUGUCAUCUCCUUCCUGUGAGGACUGACCUUUUCUCUUCAUAGGGAAGAUAAGGACCGACCACAUCGAGAAGACUUCCAGUUCACUGAGGCACAAAACAACAACAACAACAACACUGAGAAAGAAACAACAUAUUAAACAGGGAAAGAAGACAGGACAUUCUAACAUCAACAGGUAAUUUCAACAAGAGAUCAAGACAUUUUAAAACUUUAUCUCAGUCUCUCUCUAUUCAUCCACUUCUCUUGGACUCUCUGUCCUGAAAAUUUCUCUGCGAGGGUGAGUCGGUCCAUCCAGCCCAGCCAUGCAGGUGUCUAUAGCCUGUACGGACCCCCACAUGAAACGUGGAAAUGGGGAUCACAAGAAUGCCACCAGCCCGGGGAAUGCAGCUCGGGCCAAGUUCAGAACCGUGGCCAUCAUAGCACGUAGCUUUGGGGCGUUCGCACCCCGACACCACAUCUCCCUCAAAGAGUCUACAGGGAAACUGACCGGCAUGAAAUACAGGAACCUGGGAAAGUCAGGACUUAGAGUGUCGUGUUUGGGACUGGGUACAUGGGUAACGUUUGGCAGUCAGAUCACAGAUGAGGUGGCCGAGCAGCUGAUGACCAUAGCGUAUGAGAGUGGGGUCAAUCUGUUUGACACAGCGGAGGUGUACGCUGCUGGAAAAGCUGAAGCCAUAUUGGGUAAUAUCAUCAAAAAGAAGUCCUGGAGACGAUCAAGUCUGGUCAUCACUACCAAGCUGUACUGGGGAGGAAAGGCAGAGACUGAAAGAGGCCUUUCAAGGAAACACAUUAUUGAAGGUCUGAAGGGCUCUCUCCAGAGGUUGCAGCUGGAAUACGUAGACGUGGUCUUUGCAAACCGCCCCGACACCAACACGCCCAUGGAGGAGAUUGUGAGAGCCAUGACAUAUGUGAUCAACCAGGGGAUGUCCAUGUACUGGGGGACAUCUCGAUGGACAGCCAUGGAGAUCAUGGAGGCGUACUCUGUGGCUAGACAGUUUAACCUGAUCCCUCCGGUGUGUGAGCAGUCUGAGUACCAUCUCUUCCAGAGGGAGAAGGUGGAGGUCCAGCUUCCAGAACUCUACCACAAGAUAGGUGUCGGGGCAAUGACGUGGUCUCCGCUGGCCUGUGGCAUCAUCACAGGGAAGUACCAGAACGGCAUCCCAGAAACCUCCAGGGCAUCCAUGAAGUCGUACCAGUGGUUAAAGGAGAAGAUAGUGAGCGAGGAUGGGAGGAAACAGCAGGCUAAGCUGAAGGAGCUGGGACACAUUGCUGAGAAGCUGGGCUGUACUCUCCCACAGCUGGCCGUGGCCUGGUGUUUGAGGAAUGAGGGGGUGAGCUCAGUCCUCCUGGGAUCCUCCAGUCCAGAGCAGCUAACAGAGAACCUAGGCGCCAUACAGUUCCUUCCAAAAAUGACGUCUCAUGUGGUGUCGGACAUCGAUCACAUACUGGAGAACAAGCCGCACAGUAAGAAGGAGUAUCGCUCCUAGACACCCAGGAGGAAGCAGAACCACUACUGUACAACCACUGUGGAUCCAGUUCCACCAACCUGCUGGGCUCAGUCUCCAUGGGGUUUCAGCUCAGUCUAAUCCCAGCCCAGUUCAGGCCUGCUCAGCUCAGCCCCAGCCUUCUUAGCCCAGUGUAACCGAGCUCAGUUCAGCCUAACCCUGCUAACCCUCUGCCUAGACCAGCUUUCAGCUCAGCUUACUCUUAUCAGUAGAUUCUCUGUCUCCUGAGUUUGUUAACCAUGUAGAUGCAUGAUUCCCCUCUCUGAUGUGCCUGGACUUUCUCUUCAAAGGCACAUUGUACAAAACAACACAGAAAGGGGAUAAAACUUAGAAUAUACCGGAACCGUCUUUCAAAACAAACUCCUCUCUUCAAGCCAGUAUUCUGCAUUUGACCACCGUUUGACCUCGCAAAGCAGAGCACCCUGGGACAGUGAGUUUCAGGCGACAGGCCUUUGUUCUGUCUGUGAGGGGAAGAAUGUGUAUGUUGUCGCCCCCAUCUGGCCGUAUGAGAAACUGCUAUCCAAUAUCUUCAAUAGAUUAUUAGUGAGAGAGCACAGGAGAAUCUCAUUUGCAUUUUCCUUGGGAGAAUCUCAAUUCCAUACUCCUCGCAUCCUCUCUCCUCACCAACUUCUCAAAACCCAUUGGAGGAGAAUGUUCGAGGGGAGGGACCUCUGACUUUCUAAUCCAAUACGUUUUGAGAAGGAGGAGAGGAAAGCAGACGCGGGGAGGCAAGGAAAUGCAAUUAAGAUUCUCCCAGUGGCCUACUGUUCUGUAUAGUGCCAGUCUAAGUGAGAAGGGGGCCUCCUGUACUGUACUGUAUACUCUCUGUCUGCAUCCAUAGAGGAGAAUCCUGCCUCUCCUCCUCCUGCCUAUAAUAUGAACCUGCAUCUUUAGUUGCUGACAGGAAUCUGGGAUAGCACAAGCCACUCUGUGACAUAACCUCCCAACCAGACCAAUGUUACCUGUGGGUGUUGCUUGUUAGAUAAUGUGUAAGAUAGGUGAAGUAUUUAGAAAUAUGUAAAGGCCUAUAUCUAUUCUAUAAUAGUACGUGAAAAUAAGUUUCUUCUGUGGGUUAGAAUGUUUUUCGUCUUUCAGGGGUGUAUAUACAGUAUUAAACUUUAUGGGGCAAACCUUGUAACGUAAGCAAAACAGACCCCAAGUCCCCUUUGUUGCAGAUGAAACUAAAGUAUUCUAUAAAUAACCUAGAAGUAUUCUAUAAAUAACCUAAAAACUACCUGUAAAUAUUCUAUAAAGAACCUAUAAGUAUUCUAUAAAGAACCUAUAAGUAUUCUAUAAAGAACCUAUAAGUAUUCUAUAAAGAACCUAUAAGUAUUGUGUAAAUAACCUAUAAGUAUUGUGUAAAUAGUGUUGUACUGUUUCUCCUCUAUCAGCAGCACUAAAUACAUCCAUGGCUGUUUGGUGCUGAUCCAAGUCCAGCUCUGCUCCUGGGUUUACCCAUUUAGCCCAGACUGACAAUGUAAACUACUGUAUUAAAAGAUAUCAGACCGUUAUAAAAGUGUUGUUUUCUACAGUAUCUAAAGUUAUCAGAAGAGAGGAUUUACCAACUAUAAAUCAGUGUUUCCCAAACUCGGUCCUGGAUCUCCCUCUGUGUGCAUUUUCUGUUCUUCUGCCCUAGCACUACAUGUAACAGUACUCUUCAUUUUCUGUUCUUCUGCCCUAACACUACAUGUAACAGUACCCUUCUGCCCUAGCACUACAUGUAACAGUACCCUUCUGCCCUAGCACUACAUGUAACAGUACUCUUCUGCCCUAGCACUACAUGUAACAGUACCCUUCUGCCCUAGCACUACAUGUAACAGUACUCUUCUUCCCUAGCACUACAUGUAACAGUACCCUUCUGCCCUAGCACUACAUGUAACAGUACUCUUCUGCCCUAGCACUACAUGUAACAGUACUCUUCAUUUUCUGUUCUUCUGCCCUAGCACUACAUGUAACAGUACUCUUCUUGCGUUGUGUACAAUCAGUCAUCGACACGGAACUCCAACAUGUAGCACCAGUCAUGGAGAUGUAUUCUGAUUGCACGUCAUGCAAUGCUCGUCUCACCAUCCAACUCUGCACUCACGCACUGUACAAAAUAUAUGAACCCCCCCCCCACCAGACACAGUAAGUUGCUAGCUAGUACUGGCGGGAAUUCUUUCCAACAAAAUGCACAACAAAUAUUCUCCAAAAACCGCUGCAUCUUAUGUGUGAUGUUCGAAUAACAUUUACAAACAAUUUGAUAUAAAUUGUACAUUUAAAUCAUCCCUUGAGAGUAUAAAAAUCACUUCCCUUGAGAGUAUAAAAAUCACUUCCCUUGAGAGUAUAAAAACCACUUCCCUUGAGAGUAUAAAAACCACUUCCCUUGAGAGUAUAAAAACCACUUCCCUUGAGAGUAUAAAAACCACUUCCCUUGAGAGUAUAAAAACCACUUCCCUUGAGAGUAUAAAAACCACUUCCCUUGAGAGUAUAAAAACCACUUCCCUUGAGAGUAUAAAAACCACUUCCCUUGAGAGUAUAAAAACCACUUCCCUUGAGAGUAUAAAAACCACUUCCCUUGAGAGUAUAAAAAUCACUUCCCUUGAGAGUAUAAAAAUCACUUCCCUUGAGAGUAUAAAAAUCACUUCCCUUGAGAGUAUAAAAAUCACUUUUGAUGUACAGUGCUUUGCAACCAACAACUUACCGCUGGUUUGGUGCUUGUUCACUGGGACGAUUCUAACUGGAACAUCCCCCCUCGUAAGCAAGCUACGCAAACCAGCCAAUAAGAUGCCAUGUUGAGUAGGUGAAGGCAAGACAAACUCAAACCAAAAACCCAUUGGCUUAACAAUAAAGUGGCAAGCGGAAUCACCAAUAUAACCCUGUUACAUACACAGUUAAUUCAAAUCAUCACAGCUUGACGAGGAGUUGGCUAUUUGAAUUAGCUGUGUGGUGCUCGGGCAAAAACCAGAACGUGCACCCGUGGGUGGGUGGAUGGGGGACUGAGUUUAGGACACCCUGAACUAUAUUACUGACAUGAACAUCAGUGUCCAUCCAUCUAUCCUGAUCAUUAAUGUAUAUAUUUCCUAUCCUGCCAUGAGAACAGUGACCUCUCUGUGAAUAGUAUAUAUAUAUAUAUAUAUAUAUAUAUAGACCAAUAAUACAACAAUACAACAAUACAAUACAACACGCAACAAUUUCAGAUUUGCCCGAGUUAACAGUACAUACACGGAAAUGUCAAUUGAAGAAAAUAAAAAAAGUAUUAGUCCCUAACCUAUAGAUUUCAUAUGACUGGGAAUACAGAUAUGCAUCUGUCACAGAUAAAAGGCGUUGGAUCAGAAAACCAGUCAGUAUCUGGGUGUAGCCACCAUUUACACGCCUCAUGCAGCUGUGUAAUGUCGUCCCACACCUUUUCAAUGGCUGUGCGGAGUUGCUGGAUAUUGGCGGGAACUGGAACACUCUGUCGUAGACGUCGAUACAAGAGCAUCCCAAACAUGCUCGACGGGUGACCUGUCUGGGAUCCAGAGCAUCCCAAACAUGCUCGACGGGUGACCUGUCUGGGAUACAGAGCAUCCCAAACAUGCUCGACGGGUGACCUGUCUGGGAUCCAGAGCAUCCCAAACAUGCUCGACGGGUGACCUGUCUGGGAUACAGAGCAUCCCAAACAUGCUCGACGGGUGACCUGUCUGGGAUCCAGAGCAUCCCAAACAUGCUCGACGGGUGACCUGUCUGGCAAGUAUGCAGGCGAUGGAAGAACUGGGACAUUUUCAGCUUCCAGGAAUUGUGUACAGAUCCUUGCGACAUGGGGCUGUGCAUUAUCAUGCUGAAACAUGAGGUGAUGGUGGUGGAUAAAUGACAUGACAAUGGGCCUCAGGAUCUCGUCACAGUAUGUUUUGUGCAUUAAAGUUGCCAUCUAUAAAAUGCAAUUGUGUUUAGUCCAUAGCGUAUGCGUGUCCAUACCAUAACUCCACCAUGGGGCACUGGCACUCAGAAAACCUCUCACCUACACAACACCACACGUGGUCUGUGUUAUGAGGUCGGUUGGACGUACUGCCAAAUUCUCUAAAACAACGGAGGCAGUUUAUAGUAGAGAAAUUAACAUUGAAUUCUCUGGCAACAGCUCUGGUGAACAUUCCUGCAGUCAGCAUGCCAAUUGCACGCUCCCUCAAAACAUGACAUUGUGUUGUGUGAAAAAAAACAGCACAUUUUAGAGUGGCCUUUUGCCCCACAGCACAAGGUGCACCUGUGUAAUGAUCAUGCUGUUGAAUCAGCUUCUUGAUAUGCCACACCUUUCAGGUGGAAGGAUUAUCUUGGCAAAGGAGAAAUGCUCACUAACAGAGAGGUAAACAAAUUUGCCACAACAUUUGAGAGAAAUAAAUAAGCUUUUUGUUUUAUAUGGAACAUUUCUGGCAUCUAUUUCAACUCAUGAAAACACUUUAUACGUGUUUAUAUUGUCAUUCAGUGUAACAAUGUAUAUGACACUUCAUUAAUAAAUGCACAAUGAUGAUGAAA